AUGCAUUUGAAAUCCCUCGCCGCUGCCGGCCUGGCGUUUACGGCCGCGCAAGCCUUCGUCGUCGUCCCCGAGAUUUCCGAUGCCGACAACGACAUCGUCAACUCCCUUCCCUUCGAGCAGACCACCUCCGAGACGGGCAUCCUCAACAAGCUCGUCAAGCUCGACUGCCCCGGAUGCCCCCUGACGAUGAAGCACCAUGAUGGCCGCUACCACACAAUGACCAACAUCGAGAACCACCUCGAGCUUACCUUCUCCGUCGAAUCCGACUCCAACGGCCUCGACCAUCUCCUCGUCAACAACUUCGAGCUCUACCCCAAGGCCGCCUCCUGGUACUCCGCCCUCCGGGCUCCCCAGAUUCCCGCCUUCACCGAGGCUGCCACCAAGCACCCACGCAAGACGGACCCCAACACCCCCCAGCUGGGCUACAGCCUGGGCGUCCGUCCCGUCGCCAAGGACAACGACCAGCAGCUCGAGCUCCUCGAGAUCGACCUCCAGAUCAUCGAGGUCGGCAACAGCUUCGUCAGCGACGUUCCCAACGUCAGCGUCAAGCUGAUCAAGUCCCCCGCCGGCAAGCUCAUGAUCGCCAACGUCGAGACCACCGAGACCUCCGUCCCGUCUCCCAAGGAGGACGACUCCAAGAACCCCGCCGACUCUUGCACCACUCUCUACUGCAAGUGGCGCGCCGCCAUUCUCAAGAACAUGCGCGGAAAGCACUGCGGUGGUCGCAAGCACGGCAUGCAUGGCCAGGGCCGUCACGGAAAGCAUGGCCACCACGGCCACCACGCCAACAAGGGCCACUUCAGACAGCACCACCACACUUGGGGUCAGCUCGCCAAGAACAUCACCUCGCACAUUCUCCUUCCCGUCCUCAUCGGCAUCGUUGCUGGCGUCAGCGUUAGCAUCAUUGGCAUGAUGGUCGGCACCUUCGUCGUCUGCCUCUGGCGUGUGUUUGUCCGCCGCCAGCCUCCCUUCGCCCGCCGCCACUGCCGUCGCCGCGCUCGCAGGGCUUCGCACCGCGAGGCUGCCGCUGCUGAAGAGAAGGAUGGUCUGAUGACUGCCGAGACCCAGGAGGCGCCUCCCGCCUACAAGGACGAUGUGGAGGAAGCGACCAAGACCGAGACUGCUCAGGUCUAA